AUGCCUCCUAUCCGUCACUCAUCGAAGCGCAAGCCGCCCCCAGAGGGUUUCAGCGAUAUCGAGGACCAGCUGCUCAUCUUCCAGAACAAGAUGAAGGACGCACAGAACAAGCCGCCACCAACAGGCCCCAAGCACCAAGCCCAAUGGGAGAUUUUCCAGAUUGCUCACACGCGGAGCCGCUACGUCUACGAUAUGUACUACGAGAAGGAGGCCAUCAGCAAGCAGCUUUACGAGUGGUUGCUCAAGAACGGAUACGCUGAUGCUAUGCUCAUCGCCAAGUGGAAGAAGCAGGGUUACGAGAAGCUCUGCUGCCUGCGCUGCGUCCAGACCAAGGAGACCAACUUCAACUCGACCUGCAUUUGCAGAGUCCCGAAAGCUCAGCUCAAGGAAGACCAGGACGUUCAGUGUGUCAACUGCGGGUGCCGCGGUUGUUCAUCGAGCGAUUAA